GACACUUUUUAUUUGAAGAAUUUUGUCUAGCCAAAGGUCAAGUCAAUGAUGUUGUUUCCCAUAUGCAGUUUGAUCGAUAAUCAUUCACUUUGCAAUCCAUUGACUCUUUUCAUUUUUCAUGCGCUGCUUUGCAUGGGAUAAAGGCUGCAAAUUCUGGAGAGAGAUAAACACUUUUUUUAUGGAGAAAGCUGUUUUGGAAACUAUAAGAUCUCCCCACCCACACCUCCGCAUUUUAUUGGAUGAUUAAAGAAAAAAAAUCCAGGGUCAGCUUUACAUUUGUCCCCCAGUGGGCAAAAAUGUCACAGACUGACCGCAGAAAGAUAUGUCUCCACGGAAAUUCAGUUUGAAUCCAGAGGUUCGAAUGGAUUCUGUGGUGCUGCUGGACACCUCAGCUGCGAGGCGAUAGGCACUGGUGGAUAAUCAAUGAGGAAAUCUGUCUGCCCUUGAGGACUGCUUCCAGUGGACAUUCGAAAUCUGGCUGCCUUUUUAAUCACCUCUUCAAUGGCCUCUUACCUCAGUCACCAAAGAAGAAAAUUCAGAUAUCUUAAUUUUAAUGAGGGCAUUUGAUCCAGUGCUCAAGAUAAAUAUAACCCUGUGUAGUACAGAGAAGGUUUAGUGGGAAAUGGUUGGCAUUCUUUCUUGGUAAAGGCAUGGGGAAAGGAGAGAGAGGGAGAGAGAGGGAGGGAGAGAGAGAGAGACGGAGAGAGAGAGGCAGAGAGUGUGAGGGAGAGAGAGGCAAACAGCGUGGGGAAGACAAAGCACAGAUAAGCAAGGCUCCUUGCAGCCCUUCGUGGAGAACUUGACACUUUCCAGACCGCAGCAAGCAUGGUUGUCCUGAAUCCAGUGACCCUGGGAAUUUAUCUUCAGCUUUUCUUCCGCUUCAUCGUGUCUCAGCCCACUUUCCUCACCAGCGUGCUUCCAAUUUCAGCAGCCCUUCCCGGCCUGGAUCAGAAGAAGCGUGGCGGCCACAGAGCAUGCUGCCUGCUGACCCCCCCACCACCCCCUCUGUUUCCACCACCAUUCUUCAGAGGGGGCCGAAGUCUGCUUCUCUCCCCAGACGUGAAGAAUCUCGUCCUGGAACCGGAGACCACACGGCCCCCGUGCGUGCAAGGGUCGCUCAGUUCCCCCGGGCCCCCGGGGCCCCAGGGCCCGCCUGGGCUUCCCGGCAAGACAGGACCAAAGGGAGAAAAGGGGGAGCUUGGCCGACCGGGAAGGAAGGGCAGACCCGGCCCCCCAGGUGUUCCUGGCAUGCCUGGGCCUGUUGGCUGGCCCGGCCCUGAAGGCCCCAGGGGUGAAAAAGGUGACCUGGGGAUGAUGGGCUUGCCAGGGUCAAGAGGACCAAUGGGCUCCAAGGGCUACCCUGGAUCCAGAGGGGAAAAGGGAUCCAGAGGUGAAAGGGGUGACUUGGGUCCCAAAGGAGAAAAGGGUUUCCCAGGACUUCCUGGAAUGUUGGGGCAGAAAGGUGAAAUGGGACCAAAGGGCGAGCCCGGGAUAGCAGGCCACCGGGGGCCCACAGGAAGACCAGGAAAACGAGGCAAGCAGGGGCAGAAGGGAGAUAGUGGAGUUAUGGGCCCACCAGGCAAACCUGGGCCUUCUGGUCAACCUGGCCGUCCGGGCGCCCCAGGCCCCCCGGGUCCCCCGUCUGCAGGACACCUUGUAAUGGGACCCAAAGGGGAAAGAGGAUUUCCCGGGCCUCCAGGAAGAUGUCUUUGUGGCCCUCCCAUGAAUGUGAAUAACCCUUCCUAUGGGGAGUCUGCAUAUGGGCCCAGUUCCCCACGAGUUCCUGUGAUAUUUGUGGUCAACAACCAGGAGGAACUUGAGAGAUUGAACACCCAAAAUGCCAUUGCCUUCCGCAGAGACCAGAGGUCUCUGUACUUCAAGGACAGCCUUGGCUGGCUCCCCAUCCAGCUGACGCCUUUCUACCCUAUGGACUACCCCGUAGACCACCGCAGCUCCUGCGGGGACGGGGUCCUGCAGCCGGGGGAGGAGUGUGAUGACGGGAACGGCGAUGUGGGUGACGACUGCAUCCGCUGUCGCCGGGCCUACUGUGGAGAUGGUCACCGGCACAGGGGCGUGGAGGACUGUGACGGCUCUGACUUCGGCCACCUGACCUGCGAGACCUAUCUCCCCGGGUCGUACGGAGACCUGCGGUGCACCCCGUACUGCUACAUCGAUUCCACGCCCUGUCGCUACUUCACCUGAGGGCCGCCGGGAGGAGGCGGCUGCACCCACGGAACUCGCAGCAGCUUCUCCAGCCUCAGCAGACUGACCUCGCCCCGUCCUGGUCCGGUUUCCACCACCUUCAUGCAACAGAAACAAGGACAAACUCUUGCUGCUAAGAUGUGCUUUUAACGCAGUCCGACUGGAAGAACCUAGGACCGCUGCAUCCUGUCUUAACCCCGAGUACCGGGCCUCCUCCACACGCCCAUCGCGACCCUCCGGCCAGACCGCCGGCCUGCGGGGCCCUCCCUUCCGAAUAUUGUGGACUUGGCUUUGCACUGUUAGGCACACAGACUGUUGGAGAUUGCUCCCGUCCGCUGGGGGCAUCUGGGGCGCAGGCCUCUCAUCUCCUCUGACCUCUGGAAAUGUGGGCAUUCUCACCCGGCAGCUGGCCGGGGCUCCCUGGGCCUGGGAACCACAGAGCAGGGAAGUGGGCCUGUUCUUUGGGGGUGGCCCCCAGAUCUGGGCCCAUCUAGGGACCCACC